AUAUUUUUCCCUAUAAAAUUUCUCAUGUGUUUCCACUUGAUCCAUUUUCAGUGAAAAGCAAUGGCAUUUAAUUGUUGUAACGCAGCAGCUAUUUUCAUGUUGUUUUUUACUUGCGUUUCAUCUCAUAAUGUCGUUCCAUGCCCUCCGAAAACGACACCGUCGAUGCCUCCCUCAGUUGCGGCCAAAUGUCCCAAAGACACACUCAAGUUCGGUGUUUGUGGGAGCUGGUUGGGGUUGGUUCACGAGGUCAUCGGGACCCCGCCGAGUAAAGAGUGUUGUACAUUGAUUUCGGGUUUAGCCGAUCUCGAGGCCGCAUUGUGUUUGUGUACUGCAAUUAAGGCCAAUGCAGUUGGUGCUAUCAAGGUUAAAAUACCUAUUGCCAUUAGCUUGUUGAUAAAUGCUUGCGGGAAAAAGGUCCCUCAAGGCUUCGCAUGUCCAUAGAUGAUUUAUGUUCAUUUUACUGUUUAUAAAAAUCGUUUUAAAAUUCAUGACGGUUUAUCCUGAUAAUAUCAUCUUCAGAGUUUAAACCAUUAAUUCUCUUUAUUUAGUAGAUAAAUUGUUGUAUCAUCCCUCAUCUUGGCUUAUAUAAUGGAUUCUAUGCUUUUAUUA